ACUCAGUAAGGAGCUCCAGCAGAAAGAUAAAAUCAUCGAGUCUCUUCGCUCCAAACUGAACCAUCAUCAUCCUCAUCAUCAUCGACCCGACACGCCCUGCAGUGGCCACGCCCUCUCUGACCCCACGGACCAAUCGGAUCGCGUCUCCUACGUCUCUGACGAUCCCGGCUCCACCACCAGGGACCCGGCUCUGGGCUCAGAUGUGGACGGUUCCAACGAGCCGGGCCCGGAGGAAACCCAGAGUCCUGCCAGAACAGAUUCUCGUCACGGCGUCUUCUCCUCACGCCAUCCCUCUGCCCCUCCCUCCGUCACAUCCUCACAUGUCAGCUGUCCCAGCAUGCACUGCUGCAGCUCGCCGCUCCGACCUGCAGACCUGCAGAGUCUGACAG